GUGUCUGUUCGCGAAAGUGUCAUUAUUUGUCGUUCAUCUUGUUAAACAUGACGGGAUAGCAUCACAAAUGAAAAAACGAUCAGAGCGAUCAUCCGUCAUUUAUGAGAUACAGCUUAAAUGGAAUGGAGGUGCAUUUCAAAAUCCACCUAUAAAUCAAUACCAUGGUUCAAAACUCGGGAUAUUGAGUACGAUGAGAACGCGUGAAUGUGAAUAACAGAUAACAUAGAGACACUAUGUGACCUGUGAUGUCUCUGCAAUAUAUCAUCUUCAUAUGCUUAACCUCGUGUGUCUGGUUAACGUUGGCUCCUCCCGUAAAAGUGCAUUCGAGAGUUAAGAGAAUCAUCGGAGGUCAAACGGCGACCAGUCAUCCAUUUGUAGUGAGAGUACGGAACGGUGAACAUCUGUGUACUGGUUCACUCAUCUCGCGAUGCCACGUUCUCACUGCUGGCCAUUGCAUUAAACCUGACAACGGCAUCAGGAUUAUUGCUGGAGGGCACAGAGCUGGAACUAGCAGAAACACUGUUACGUACGACUGGAAUAAAGCCAUUCUGCUCGAUAGGACCCAAGGGGACGUUGGUAUCCUUCGCCUCGAUAGAUGUAUCGAAGAGGAUGCAAAGAACAUAAAACCAAUUGCAAUAACUGAGGAGCGAAUCGAAGAUGGGCGACCAGUGCGAAUAUACGGAUGGGGACAAAUGAAUCAAUCGAUUAUGGAAGGGGCGAAAUAUCUUCAAGAAGUCAACACAUAUCUUAAUACUGCAGCGUGUGAUGCUGCCUCGUCGGCCAUUUUGAGAAUUAAUAUAUGUACCCCUCAAGUGACGGGUUUUGGUGAUUCUGGUGGCCCAGUUAUUGUCGUUGACAAGAACGGAGGAAAUUGUCAGAUUGCUAUCACAACGAAGAAGCUGGACACUAAUUUGGUUGUCCCCGUUGAGCAGUAUAGCAUGCACAGUGAAAUAUCUCAUCCAGCGGUUUUUAAUUUCCUGAAUAACUUCAUACAAGCGAACCCUUGUGGUUGUAACAGUACAGCAGAAUUCUGCAAGCCACCUAAAACGGAGCCAACUCAUGGUACGUCUCAACAGGGAUGUCCACAGUCCACAGAAACAAAGGAAAAUGAAUCUUUUCAAGAAAAAAGAGAAAUCUCAACCGAGAGAUUACAUACAGCAACUAACGAGAUGUUUUCAUCAGAGCCAAUCUCUCCUCCAGUAUCUACUGUUACUAUGUCAGUUGGAACGUUAGAACAGGCAACUACAUCAAAAACGAAUGUGAUAUCUACAAAUUACCCUACAAGUGAAGUUGUGGUUACUUCCAAAGCAUUUGAAACUACGGUUCAGGUCGACUCGAACAAACAUGCUGCGUACACCGACCAAUCAGAGCCUCUAUCAUUGGCUACCUCACUGUCAUCUUCGCCUGAAUCCCCUUCCUCUCAAGAUAUUAAAAGUACAUAUGUAUCAUCUACAAUAAUUACAACACCGACCUUUAAAUCUACCCACAGACUGCUAGAUGACGAUUUUCAUGAAUAUCCAAUAGAUGGAUAUGUCAAGAAAACGACUCUAGGUGUAACCGAGUUACCAUCGAUUUUGCAAAGGGGAGAAGUACCUGAAGUCUCACCAACGAAAGUACAAGCACCAACGCAUGAUACAUUAAUUCAGGGAAUAGGCUUAGUAAUUAACCAUACUACAAGUAUAUCAAACUCUAAUGUAACCUUACUUUCACCUGUAACAACUAUGCAUGUAACAGAUAACUUGUAUUCCUUGUCCAACGUAGCAACUAAAGCAUUUGACAGUAGUACAUUAACCAGAUAUAGUUCUCUAGAGAGUAGAAUAGAUAGGACCAAAUCUAGCACUUUAGGUAGUAGCACACUAAUACAGGAAGACAUGGACAAACAAGCACAAGUAAUAUCUUUGACAUCGACAAGUAUGGUAUCUUCUUCAAUCUCAAAAACCAUUAUGACAACACCCACCUUUGCAGAAGAAGAUGGCUCAAUACCGAAAAUACAAACGCAAUACAAACUGGUAACAGUUACUGACCGUGUACAAAUUCCGGAAAUAACACCUCUCCCUAUAAUAUAUGAGAGUACUUCUAUUCAGCCAACUCCUAGUAUGGAAAUCUCACCGCAUGGCAAACUUACCCAUCCUCUAAACAGUACUACACCCGAACUAACCAGCACGCCAAUUAUAAACACCACAGCUUUAGAUCAGAUGUUUAGCACGCCAACUAACAGCAAAUUUCUACAGGCUCUAUCAGUCACCAACACUGCGUUUACAAUGACGAACACUAAAAAACCUACGACUACAUCCCGAAUGGUCAAAAGUUGCGGAGAGCCCCCACUCGUCCCUAAUGGGAAAAUUAAUAAGGUGAAAUGUUCGCAAGACAAACGAGGUGAACGCUGCACAGCCGUAUAUUCUUGCGAUUCUUGCUAUAAAAAGUACGGGCCUCUUAGAUGUCGUAAUGGAAAAUGGAAUUUCGGUCAAUGUCGACGAAUAGGAGAUGGGUGCAAAAGUGAUGCAGAUUGUCGAAAUGUUUGCAGUAUACGUGAGUACUGUGUCAAGUGCGUCUGCAGUGCGUGUAGAACAAAAAGAGACUGCCCUUAUAUGGGCAUGCGUGAAUACAGAUGCGUUCCCUAAGUCAGGACUUCUUGAAUAGUGAUUUUUUUACUAAAAACCCGAACUUUGAUUGCUUGGAGCGUGUCAAGGAGGAUUGGCUCCCAGGAUCGAAACUCGAUAUUUUCCAACAAUGAAAACGUCGUUAUUUUCUGAAAUUAAAAAUAAACAGUCCAAAAGAAUCGAAC